CAAAAUGUUGUUUAGUUAUCGACUGCCAGUGUCACGUCUGUCUUUCUCUAUGCAGACAUUUGCUUCUUUUUUUUAACAGAGAUGUCUUUCUCCAACUAGGCUACUAUACAUGUUGUGCACGCAGCAGACAUUUUGAUAAUAUAAUAAGCACAGGUGUUACUAAUAUGAUGGCUCUGUUCUAUUAAUCUGUCUCAGUAAGCCAUGCAAGUGUGACAGUGAGUCAGCAUGGACAAUACUGAAGCAGCUAAAGAGAGUUCAGCCAUCAUUAAGGCCAACUAUCCCACACCAAAGCAACAGUAAUGUAGCCUGACAAGCCAGACCCACAUCAAGAUGUUGGCUGAAAAUUACAUUUGCUGCCAAUAGGGUGCGUCUAGAUUUCUAGAUUACUAACCAUAAUGAUGUUGAUGGCACACUAUCAUGGUGUAUUAUUAUCAUUUGAGCAAUGCAACACACUGUAAUAAUAAUGUAGACAUUGCAAAUUAAAUUAACAUUAGACAACUCAAGGUAAUUGUGAAUAAAACUGAAAUUCAACAACUCCUAGCCUAAUUGGCACGGCGUUUACUGUCAGAAUGCAGCCUCCAUUUUGCUUUUGUCAGUGUGUCAAAUUAACUCAAGCCUUUUUUAACUGCACCCUUAUUAAUCUUUUAUUAGCACUAAAUCAUGCUCUUGAAAUCUACCUUGAGAGAGGUAGAGGUUUUAACAGGACUGUGAUGUGUGACAACAUGAGGGGAAGAGAGAAGGUAAUUUUAAGGAAUCUGAAGGAUUAAAGUACAGUCUGCACUCAAGGUGCUGCAGAGUUACCAUGUGUUGAGUGGGGCUAUGCUCCUUACCCUGCCAUAAGCUGCUCUUAUCUGAUAAGAUAGAAGUAUAAAAGGAAUGGUGCUGCAGCUGGGUGAGCAAAUGUAAGCUGUGCAUCAUCAUGAAUGUGUCUACAAGUUUAAAGGUGCGCCUGCCGGCACUCGUGCUAGUGUCGGAGGUUGUCAUGAUAGUUCUUUAUGCUGUUUUUGUCACUUAUGAUGACAAUGCCAAUGCUAAGCUGCAAAACAAUAAGACCAACCCGAUGGAGAACUCCAUGUAUAGAGACUAUCCCUUCUUUGCCGACGUGCAGGUGAUGAUCUUCAUAGGCUUUGGCUGCCUGCUGGCCUUCUUCCGAUUCUACGGUUUCAGUGGAAUGGUCUUCAACUUUCUUACGGCUACGUUUGCGAUCCAGUGGGCGAUCCUGAUGCAAGGUUUCUUCCAGUUUUACUACGAUGGUAAAAUUCACCUGGGAGUGAUCAACCUUCUGAAUGCAGAGUUUGCCUGUGCUGUGGUGCUAAUCUCUUUCGGAGCUGUGCUUGGGAAGACCAGUCCUGUUCAGCUCCUGGUCAUGGCACUGCUGGAGAUCUCUUUCUUUUCUUUGACAGAGUGGGCUGUUUUGAAAUACAUUAGAAUCAAUGAUGCAGGUGGCACUAUUCUUAUUCACCUGUUUGCCUGCUAUUUUGGUCUAGGGGUGACGUUUGUGCUGUAUCGCCCGAGCCUAAAUGAGGGACAUUGUAAAGAAAUAACUAGCUAUCAUUCUGACAUCCUCUCUGUAAUGGGAACCUUGUUCCUCUGGGUGUUCUGGCCUUCAUUUAACUCUGCUCUGACCUUUAAGGGUGAUGCUCAACACAGAGCAAUACUCCACACUUUUAUAGGUCUCAGCUCAUCCACUAUCACCACCUUCGCACUCUCUGCAUUGUUCAAUAAGAGAGGCAAGCUCACAAUGGCUGAUAUUCAGAACGUGACUCUGGCAGGCGGCGUGACAGUUGGGGCUUCUGUGGACAUGAUGAUUUCCCCUGUAGCUGCAUACGCCCUGGGCAUCAUGGGCUGCACUGCCUGUUUCUUUGGAUACAAGUACCUGACCCCCUUUUUGGCCCGACACAUGAGGAUCCAAGACCAAUGUGGUAUUCACAACCUCCACGGGCUUACUGGCCUCAUAUCGUCUGCAGCAGGGAUCUGUGCCAUCCUCCUAGCCACUGAAGAAACCUACGGGCCCAGCAUGUACCAGAUCUUUUCCCAUCGUGCUCCACCUGAGGGAGAUCCAAAGCUCCUGGAACUGCAGAGGCUGAUUCCUGGGCUGAAGCCAGGCUUAGGUCGUACUGCGCAGGAACAAGCUCUCUUCCAGGUGGCAGCUGUCUUCUCCACCAUCGCAGCGUCUGCAGUUGGUGGGCUGCUCACUGGUUUGGUCAUGAAGCUGCCUUUCAUGGCAUCCCCAUCUGACCAGGACUGCUUUGAUGAUGAGCUUUUCUUUGACAUGCCCUCUGACUUUGACAGCGUAGAAGUGCUUAAGACCCCCAUAAGCUAUGAUGAAAAGAUACAAAUGAGCUCUAUGAACACCAAAGUCGACACACUGAGGCAGUCAUUAUGAGUCAUUCCAUGUUUAAAUUGUCAUUACAACUAUCUCACCUGUUCGCAAGUGUUAUGUGUGAUUUGAUUAUUAUUCCUGUUGGAGAGAUGAACCAUUGACCAAAAGCUAGUUUUGUAUGCAAAAUGGCAAAAGGGAAAGUAAAAGUGUAAAAUAUGAUAUUACAUAUUAUAUUUACACGAUAGAUGUAAUUACAUAUUAAAUCUGUCAGAAAACUCAAAUGUCCACGAAGGUUGUUUAAAAGGGGAAAGUUUCAAAAAAAUGAUUUUCCUUUGUUGAAAUACAUACAUCAGUCAUUACUUUUAUUUUUAAUGAUUAUAUGCUAAAAUCAUAUCAAUAUUUCAUUCAUUUUUACAUUUAGAUUUAAAAAAAUACUCUAAUAAUAAAUAAUUAUAAACUUUUUAUUAUUAACAAACUCCACAAUAUUCUUGUACAGCAGGUCCCCGAGAACCUCUGUGAUGAUUUCAAAGUUUUUUUCACCAAACGUUUUUUUAAUAAUUAGUUGCUAAAGUCAUACCCCAUACACAUACAUUGCCAAUUAGGUAUAUUUUAAAAAAUAUUCAUAUAAAAUAUAACCAAAUUUCGCAGCUGCCACAACAGGUACAGUUUGAUUCAAAAGCUAUCACUACACAGCCCUAAUCAUAAAGUAUGUCCUGCACAUGCUAGCCGAAGAGUGUAAACAUCAAGCAUCUGAAAUACCGUUAUCUCACUAACCUAUAAACAACUGCUUAAUGCCAAAUCUCUUUACUUUUCUGGAGGUAAAGGCAGAGCAAACCUUUCUGUAUUUGAUUCCCUAAUUAGAAAGUUGAUUGAUUUACACUAUAAGCGCUUGUAUUUUAUUUACUACUUUGUUUGUCCAUAGAUUAUUGGGCAGCUUCAUCUCUUUACUAAAAUAAAUGGUGUGUUUGAGUCAAUAAUGUUGUGUCCUUAAGAAAAAAGAUAAUGAAUACCAAAUAACAGGUAAAGUUUUGUCCAGCCAGGGUUGUCAUUGCCUAUAAGUGCAUGCCAAUAGUUACAAAGGUUGAAGAACAUUUUCCAUCACCACAGUAUCUUAACUGAUAGCGUCAACAAA